AUGAGUCAGAGUGGGAUGACGAUGGAGGCACCAGGAGACGAAGUCCCCGUCUUAACCCCAACUCCAGAUGAACACAUGUUGCUUCAAAAUCCUCGUGAAGAAGUAUCUUUCACAGAAUACUAUCAAAACCUCGAUCCUGAAGAGUUAUUGCCAGUUUUCACAUAUAGCCACAGUGAAAUUUACAGUAAAAUUCUUGAAAAUACAAAUGGUCUUGAUAGAUAUGAUUAUAGACAACGUCGUGUAGACCAAAUACGAAGCUCCAAACUCAAAACGCCAAACUUUAGAAAACUUGUGGAUUUAGAUUUUGAGGUUGAAAACAAGAAAAAGGAAAUAGAACUUCAACAAAGCCCUGAAAAUCCACGCAUUCUCCGCAAAUUAGGGUUCCAUAAUCUUGAAACAAAAAACGAUCAAAAGCUAGAUUUACCAGCAACAUACUUUCGACCCAAUUUGAACAACGAUUCAAUGGUUCGUGGGAAGCUCACGUAUAAGUCAAAACAUUUUCAAGUAUUGUAUGAUAUGGACGAAACCGAUUUGCUGUUUGUAGAUUGGAUGAACUCAGUGGCAACGCAACCGGUAUCACCAGAUUUAUUUGAGAUUAUAAUCACUUUUUUUGAAACCCAAAUUUACCAAGUAGAGAGAAUUCUACCUCCAACAAUCAAGGACAGAGCGACUAUCGACUAUCAACAGCACCAAGCAGCUAUUCUUUACGGAUCAGAUGAUGGAAAAGGAUGUGCUACCCAAGACGAACAGACAUGCGCUGUGUGUGGGUCUGCAAAUAGCGACAGUUCUAAUUCCAUUGUUUUCUGUGAUGGUUGUGAUAUUGCAGUUCAUCAAGAUUGUUAUGGUGUAUCUUUUAUACCCGAAGGCCCAUGGUUAUGUCGCCGAUGUUUGAUUGCUAGAAAUACCGACGAAAAAUGUGAAUUUUGUCCGUCCAUUACAGGUGCCUUCAAACAAACCGAUGGUGGAGAUUGGGCGCAUGUCUUAUGCACAUUAUGGACACCAGAGUUAUAUUUCGCUAAUCCAAUAUACAUGGAGCCGGUUGAAGGUGUUGCCAAUAUUCCAAAAAGUCGAUGGAAAUUGGUUUGCUACAUCUGUAAACAGAAAGUUGGAGUGUGCAUUCAAUGCAGUAAGCCGUCUUGUUUUGCUGCGUAUCAUGUCACUUGUGCCAAAAGAGCUGAACUUUGCAUGAAAUAUAAAAAGGGAAUCAAAGGUGCCAUUCAUGACAAGGGGACUUUAGUCAGUUACUGUGAUAAACACACUCCAAUUGAAUGGGGGCAUACCCACGAUGUCAAGGCAGGUAUUAAUAAGACGAGACUUUUUUUCCAUGAUAAAGUCCAUAAAACUCAACAUGGAAACACAAGCGCUAUAGAAAAGACAGCCGUCACUGAACAAGAAUACAAAGACUUACAAAGCACAAAAUCGACAGAAUUCAGAUGGCGAUUGGGAGAGAACAUCUAUGUUAUUCCAGAAAUCUUUAUUGAUAGAUUGACGAAUUUUAUCGAAGAAAACAAACUGACCAAUAUUCCAAGGAAUGCAAUGUAUCAGAUUGCCAAAUACUACACCCUAAAGCGAAAACAUAUGGGGAAGGGACUAAUAAAGAGACCAGAUGUUUUCAAUUAUGCCGGAAUGACCAUGGAGCAAUUGAACAGGAGGGACGAAGCUGUUGCCUAUUUCCAAUAUGAUAUUGGUCAGCUUCAGGAAACAUCCAAACUAGUUCUUAAAAGAUCAAGUAAGCAAAAGGAAAUAAAUGAAGUUUCUAUCGAUUUGCAUAACAAACUAACGUAUCCUAAACUAUGGGCAUGCCAAACUUUGGUAAAUUUUCUUAAAGUCAAUUUGGAUUCCAUAUCUUAUAGCAUCCCUAAAUAUGCAGUAAAGCCUACAAUUGAUCAGAUCUUCCAAAAAGUGGAUAAUUCUGAAUAUACAGAUAUCGAGAUACUAAUCAAGGAUAUCGAAAAGUUUUGCAAUUGGAUACUAUCUCUAAGUUUGAAUUCCAAUUCGCCGUUGGUUAAAGUCCAGAAGGUUUUCAAAAUCUGGCAACGGUACAAGAAAUCAAAAUAUCAAACAGCUCGUGAUUUUAUCAAAAUGGUGGAAGAUGAGUGGGACUUGAUCAAAUCACAAUUUGUGGCUAGCAAAGGCCUAUCCUAUAAAGCUAUAGAUAACUUUGAUUGCUUCUACAAUGAAAGAAAAAGAAAACAUAAAAAGCCAAAAGGGGUUGAUGGAAAUUCUCCUGUAAUAAGAUUUGGAAUUGAGGUGUCUCCGCUGAAUGAACCCUCUGAUAAUAGAAGAACAUUGCGAACUAGAAGAACUCCUUCAUAUAAUGAUGAAGCCGAAAAGCAAAUUGCUGAAGCUACCAAAAAAGGCGUAGGGAUCAAAGCAAGAUUGGAUAGGGUGAAAUUACGUUCAAAUGCACAAAACCUCCGGAAGAGCAAAAGACUAAAGAGCAAGUAA